UUUAAGUAGUCGGUGACCUGAUUGACUGUGGUGGUGAUGGGUGCAAGGAGAUACGGUGUCUAGACACGAGAAAUGCUAGAGAUGGUUGGAAGACUUGUUUUGUGUUGCCAUUCUCUUUCAGUGCAGGUAGAUCUGCUGUUGUUGACGGUCGUUGGUUGUACCUGUUUGCUGGUAACCGCCAUGAUGGUUUUGACGACCCGGACCCUUGGGGUUUUGCUUUGAAUGUUGUUGACAGCAACAAAGGUGAAGCCGAAGUAAGAAACAUAAUCCAACCGCAUUUAUCUCGUUUUUAUCCAAUUGCUUCAGCAUCUUUGUCCCCAGGUACACUUAUUGCCUAUAUGGUGGAUGAACGCACUUUGUAUCAACUAGAUUGCUCAAAUGGGUCUUGGACUGUCUACCAGAAGGACUUACCUUAUCGUUGUGAUCCAUUUCUCGGUUGCAUCACACUUUCAGAUGAUCGAAUUCUUUAUAUGUACGAUACUAUACACAUGCGCUUGGAUUCCUAUGAUGUUGCAAACAGAAAAGAACUUCCUUCGGAUGAUCUUCCCCGGUCCUUUUGGUUUGGUCAUGGGGAAGAGGUCGAGCUCAUUGUCCUUGCUAAGGACAGGUUCUGCGUUAUAUGGCAUGUUUAUGGUUAUGAUGUCAAUGAAAUGUGCAUUUAUUACACUAGAUUCUCAGUUUCUUCUGAUCUACCUAAGCCCACUGUCACUGUUGAGGAUAACAGGGCUUUUCCAAUCAGAGGCGUCAAAAUACUCAAUAUUGUAACUCUUGAUCCACAUUCAGAUGCAAUGGCCAAUGACUUGAGCUACAACAGCAGAGUUGAUAAUUGGAAGUUGGUAGAGACAAACAUGGACGAAACUGGCAACUCUAACUUAGCUUAGCUUAGCUUUUGUAUGGGUUGUGGUUAUCUUGCAAACUAACAUGUUUUUUCAUGUUGAUUUUCUGUUUGGCCAAUAACACAUAUUUGAGUUUGAGGUGCUGUGUGGACUUGGCAGUGAUGGUUGCUUUUAAGUAUUGAGUUCCCUUCUGGCUGGAAUUGUGCAUGUUCUAUUGUUGCAUUAUUUUAUUUUGGCUUACUUUAAAUCAAAAUUUUUUAUGGACUUUGGGAA